GUCUUGCGGCAAAUAUUAAACAAGGAAAACAUAAAAUGAAGUGUGUCAUCGAAGGCAAUGGCGUUAAAGUCUUUGGAAAAGCAGUUCACGCUCUCUCAAGAAUUGGUGAUGAAAUAUGGUUGGAUCCACAGGAGAAAGGGUUGGCUUUAAGGACAGUCAACUCGUCUCAGUCGGCUUAUGCGUGUUUCUGCUUCACUCCUCUGUUCUUCCAGCAGUAUAUUCCUGAUCCAGAUAUUCAGAAUGGCUGUGAAGCGGUCAAAUGCAAGUUAAACAUGAAGUGCGUGCUUCCCCUGUUCCGUUGUGCGUCGUGGAGAGAACGCAGAGUGGACAGAUGUGAGAUUUCCAUCAACAUCCCAAACAGCAGGGUGAUAUUUCAGUUUCACUGCAGACACGGAAUAACAAAGACCUACAAUUUGGGGUAUCAGGAAUGUGAAGCUUUGCAGGCCGUGUUCCCAGCUCACCUCUGUCCAAAUGUCCUGAUGGCCCAGUCCAAACUUCUAGGUGACAUUGUGGUGCAUUUCCCGGUUUCACAAGAAGAGGUCACUCUUUCUAUGUCCUCUUUUAAAGUAACCUUCAAGACCUUUUGUGAGGAAGAAAAUAACUGUAUCAAAGGCAUGAACACAGAGCUGAUGCUGUACCCAGAUGAGUUUGACUAUUUUCAGGUUGGAGAAGAUUCAGCCGUGACCUUCUGCCUUAAAGAACUAAGGGGGCUGCUGUCCUUUGCUGAGUCUUAUAGUCUACCAGUGUCUAGUCAGUUUGGUGUAGCUGGACAGCCUAUAUCCUUCACUGUAAAAGACAUGGCGCUAGAGGCCCAUGUUGUGUUGUCCACCUUAACAGAUCCAAACCACGAGAGCCCAUCUCGACCUGCACCUGGGGAUGACUGUCCUGUCAACAUCCCCAAGACCUCCACAGCAGAAAUCUCUACAUGUGAAGGCCCUAUGGAGACAGAGGUGUGCGUCGCUGAUGGUGAACAGGUGGCUUCAAGUCAGGGCAGUGAAGUUUUUAAUCCAGCCCUUCAUAUGAGGAAGAUGAUUCAGCUUCAUGCGCCUGGAGAGAUCCCCAGUCUUGUACCUGAAUCGGCCUUGACCACACCAGUAACACCAGCCACUUUUAAGAUCCGCUCGCUGCUCUUCGGGGCUGUAUACAGCGAUGGAGGGAAUGAUAAGACUGUGGAUUUGCCCAGCCUGGCCUGUGCCAGUGACACAGAGGAGGAUGGAGGAACAGAGGAGGACUUGGGUAACAACGUAAGCUAACACCUACAGGUAACACCCACUGCAAGAAUGCAUGGACUUUACUGCAUGAUGGAUUAUAAAGACAAAACACAGUGUGUUUCCUGCUGUUAAACGUUUGGAUUGUUUUAA